GGCCCGACAUGGCAGCGACUCAGCGAACUGAGAACAGCAGCAGCAGCUCCGCAGAAACAACGAUGAGCUGCCGGGCCGCGCACGCCCGCUUAUAUUCGCCUCGGGCGGAGCGGCGGUGCCACCGCUGAUAGGCCAGGAAGAAGGCGUUGUUCCGGCAGCCAAUGGGAACGCGGAUCGAGAGGUGCCCAAUAGCAAAGCUUAGGGCUUGGUGACGACCAGAAGUAGAACUUUCAACCAAUAGCGAUGCGACGGCGUCGAGCCGGGGCCUCGCCGAGCGCUCUAUAAAAGGGGCUCCCGCCGGCAGCAGCGUUACCGUGUGCUUCGUAAGCGCUGUUUGUGGGUGAGCGAGAGGUGCGCGUUUGCUGCGAUGCCCGAGCCGGCCAAGUCCGCCCCCGCGCCCAAGAAGGGCUCCAAGAAGGCGGUGACCAAGACGCAGAAGAAGGGCGACAAGAAGCGCAAGAAGAGCCGCAAGGAGAGCUACUCGAUCUACGUGUACAAGGUGCUGAAGCAGGUGCACCCCGACACGGGCAUCUCGUCCAAGGCCAUGGGCAUCAUGAACUCCUUCGUCAACGACAUCUUCGAGCGCAUCGCUGGCGAGGCCUCGCGCCUGGCGCACUACAACAAGCGCUCCACCAUCACCUCGCGGGAGAUCCAGACGGCCGUGCGGCUCCUGCUGCCCGGCGAGCUGGCCAAGCACGCCGUCUCCGAGGGCACCAAGGCUGUCACCAAGUACACCAGCUCCAAAUCUUAUGGAAGAAUUGAUUCCCUGAACACAGACGGACAUUUGGAAGGGGAGUUCUGGGCACCGGUUCCAUGUGAUGGAAAAUCAAACCCUGGGCCGGCAACGCAGAGUAAAAAUGCUUUAUUCACCACAUUAACUGUGUACAGGCAGUUUUCCCGGCAUUCUGCUUGUAUUUCUGCAUCCAGUCAGACUCUGUUCCCAUAAAGAAAACAUGCUUCUUGUUGCUAGGACCUUCUUUCUCCCUUUCCCUUUGCCAGACUUGAAGGUGACUUGUUUGAGGAUUUCUCAAGAUCUUGAUCUCCACCCAUUGAUUUUAACCUCUUGGCUUUGUGGUUGCAUUUGCUUUACCUUACAUUCUGUUCUUGUG